CUUCUCUCUUGUCUUUUCCUUGUCCUGCUAUCUGUUCAAUUGUGGUCUCCAGCCUUCUUCUUCAUCCCCAACUGGCUUACAACCUUGGGGGGAAAUGAAGCUGAAAGGAAUACUUACCAAUGCCAUCCUUCAGGCUCUGCUCCCAGUUGCAGAUGCUGAUGUACUGGGAUUAACAGAUCCAAGGCUGUGCUACAUUCUGGAUGGGGUCCUUUUAGCAUAUGCUAUCAUCAUCACAGCCCUUUUCAUGAAAGAAAAGCUAUGCAAUCGCUCUACUGAAUCCAAACCUUCUCAAAAUGCAAAUGACAUAUAUAAUAAACUAUCUACUGGACGCAGAGAUGAAUAUGAUUCUCUGGCAGUAAAAAAACCAGAUUCAGAUCUUGAAAUGGCUGUGGAUAAGCAGCGCAGAAGAAAGAAACCUCAGGACAAAGUUUACACUUCCCUACAGCGGGAUAAGAUGGGUGAAGCAUAUAGUGAAAUUGGAAAGAAAGGAGAGAAACUUGGUGGCAAAGGCAAUGAUAUUCUUUAUCAGGGGCUCAGUCAAGCAACAAAGGACACAUACAAUGUCCUUCAAAUGAAGCAGUUGCAUUCUCCUCGUUAGUUACAACUGAACCUAAAAAGGAAGAGGAAAAAGAACAUCCCUUAUGGUGGAAUGGUAGCAAUUAAAGAGGACAGUUCAUUUCAGCAAAGCCAUUGCCUUGUUUGAAUAAUGCUUUUGUACAGUCAGCAAAACCAUUUCAUUUCCAAAUAACAUCCUAGGUUUUUUUUAAUGUACAUAAGUUUAAAGAUUCUGCUUAAUGUAUAGUUGCUCAUAUUUAGGAGCAGAAGUUGUGAUUGCUAUUUUAUUGGAUAGUUAAAUAACAAAAAUAUUUUUCUUCCUUAGAUGAAAGGCAAAAUAUUUUCUUUUUCUAUAAAUGUUUUUAAUUGAAGAUACCUGGGGAACUAUUGGGGUGGGGGGAGAAUAUACUCUGGAACCUUUUAUCACUUUCCAGGAAUUUGGAUUACUGUACAAUCUAUCAAUCAUAUCAGCAGGGCUGGUGAUAAAGGAAUGCAAAAAUAGUUAUUUUUUAAAAAAUUGAUUACUCUCAAAUCAUUAAAUAGUUCAGAACUUAACUGAAGGUAGAUAUCUUUUAUAUUGAAGAUUAGAAUAAAAAAGAAAGAGAUUUGUUCAGAUGGUACUUUGAAUUUCAGUGUAUGAGAAAACUGAAAGUUCUGUUCACAAGCUUGGAUAAUUUCCUCACAAAAUGUAAUUUUCUUUAGCAUCAAAAAGCUAACAGCUGUUACUAUUUGAUUUGAAUGAUGCUUGUAAGCAAAAUACAAAACACCCUAAAAAAAACAAAAAAACUGGACACAGAAAUAUGAGUAUAUUUAAUAAAGCAACCAAAACUAGUUUUGGUUUAGAAUUACUUCAUCAAAGAACAAAAGUCUUACUUUUGAAUAGUAUUCAUAACAAUAGUCUUGUGCUAUGCAGAAGUAAACAAGUACAGCUUAUGCCUGU